GUCAAUUACUCAAGCAAAUUAUGCGCAGAGUAAACUGAUCUACGUAGCAUUUGAUUUCAUUGUGUUAUCAGUCUGUCAGUUCAAUGUUAGUAUGGAAGAUGUGUGAAGUUGCUCAAAAGGGGAUUUCCCUAUUCUGUUUGCUGAUUUUCUUCUUAGUUAUGGAAGUUCUUCACCCUGUUUCUGUGCUUGGGAGCAAUCUCAGCUCAGAUAAUAAAAGUCCUGGAGUUGAAUAUACAGUUAGUUUGAGUGAAGAUCAGCAAGUUAAGAAGAACAUAGGCAUGGAAGGGAUUCUGAGGGAGGAGUUCUUAUUUCCUGCAAAUUCAGCCCCUUUCAAGAGUUGUCAUGCUUCAACAAUUGUGGAGGUAGGGAAAAACCAUUUCUUGGCAGCUUAUUUUGGUGGUACGAAUGAGGGAGCACCUGACGUGAAGAUCUGGAUACAAACAUACAAGGACGGUCAGUGGUUUGAUCCUCUUGCUGUCGAUGAAGAACUGAAUGUCCCAAUGUGGAAUCCUGUUUUAUUCAUGCUUCCAUCAAAAGAAGUGCUUUUAUUUUAUAAAAUUGGGCAGGAGGUUCAGAAAUGGAGUGGGUGCAUGAAGAGGUCAUAUGACAAAGGUUUAACUUGGACAGAAAGAGAACAACUUCCUCCUGGCAUACUCGGACCAAUAAAGAACAAGCCUAUCUUGCUCGAAGAUGGAAGAUUGCUAUGUGGAUCAUCGGUUGAGAGUUGGAAUUCUUGGGGAGCAUGGGUAGAGAUGACAAAAGAUUCUGGUAAGACUUGGAGAAAGUAUGGACCAAUUUACAUUGAAAAUAAUCCUCUAAGUGUAAUCCAACCAGUUCCUUACAUAACCGCAAAUGGAACUUUCCGAUUACUUCUGAGGUCCUUCACCGGAAUAGAUAGAGUUUGCUUGUCAGAAUCCAACGACUGCGGUUUGAGCUGGAGUUACGCCAAACCAACUGAAUUGCCAAAUCCAAAUUCAGGAAUUGAUGGAGUAAAGCUUCGAAAUGGAUGUCUCUUACUCGCGUACAAUACGAUCUCGAGAGCCAUACUAAAGGUUGCAGUUUCAAAGGACGACGGAGAUUCCUGGUCUGAGCUGUUAACACUGGAGGAGACACCAGACAUGGAGUUCUCUUAUCCAGCUGUUAUUCAAGACAGCGAUGACUUAGUUCAUAUUACUUACACUUAUAACAGGACACAAGUUAAGCAUGUCGUAUUGAAACCUUUUUGACGAGAAGAGAAAUGGGAACCUUUGAAGAUGACAAAUGAUGGCUAAUAUUAUUGCAUUCAACUACAUAUUUGUUAAGUAUUUACUGUUACAUGGAAAUUACAAUGUCUGAUUCUAGAAAAGAUUCAUUUUUUAAUCAU